CGGGACUUUUAUUUUGCUCUGGUGUCGUGAUGUCAUAAAGCUGCGCCGCGCUCCUCAUCUGUUGUGAUUCACCUGAAGAAAGAAACUCAUCCUGAAUCAACCGAGAUCCACGUGACACACAUUAUAAAGAUGGCGUUUUAUUAAAGAGGAGAGUGAAGACAUGAAGAUUGAAGAAACAUUCAGAGUCAAACAUGAAGAUACUGAGGAACAAACAGACCUGAUGGUGCUGAAGGUGGAGACAGAAGUUUUAGAUGAAAUGGAAGAGAAAUUUCACAAUGAGAAGAUUCAUGAUGAUUUCAAGAAUGAAGAAAAAUCCAGUGACAAUGAAAUGGCCCAGAAGAGCAAAUCUGUUCAUUAUUUCACCUGCCAUCAGUGUGGAAAAACUUUCACUCUAAAAGGAAGCCUUCAAAACCACAUGAGAAUUCACACUGGAGAGGCUUUCACAUGCCAACAGUGUGGAAAAUGUUUCACCCAAAAACUAAACCUUGCAAUUCACAUGAGAGUUCACACAGGAGAAAAGCCUUUCACCUGCCAACAAUGUGGAAAAUGUUUCAAUCAAAAACAAAACCUUGCGAUUCACAUGAGAGUUCACACCGGAGAGAAACCUUACACAUGCCAUCAGUGCGGACAGAGUUUCAGGCAUAACAAAAAUCUUUAUACCCACAUAAGAAGUCACGCUAGAGAAAUUCCUUUCACCUGCAAACUGUGUGGCAAGAAAUUCUCACGUAAAGAAAUUCUUAAUGCCCACGUAAGAAUUGACACUGAGAGUGAAUUCACUUGCCAACAUAUGUGCUCAAUGUGGACAAAUACAUAA